AAGUGUGUGUAGAAGAGAGAGGACCACUUGUAGGAUCAGUUCUUUGUCUGCACCAGGUGGGCCAGGAGAUGACCAGACUUCGAGUGCCAGGCCUGGUGACAGGUGCCCUUACCUGCUGAGCCAUCCUGCCAGCCCAAGGCUGCUUUCCUGUUGCAUCUUUGAUAUCGUUUCCUAGACUCUGCUCCAUGAUUUAAUUUGGAAUUCUGAAAUGAAGAUGGAGGAGACAGUGGGAAAAGUAGAAGAACUCAUUGAGUCUGCAGCCCCACCAAAAACCUCUGAACAAGAGACGGUCAAGGAGGAAGAUGGUUCUGUAGAACUGGAAUCUCAAGUUCCGAAGGAUGGUGUAGCCGACUCUGCAGUUCUUUCUUCAAUGCCCUGUUUGUUGAUGGAACUGAGAAGGGACUCUUCGGAGUCUCAGUUAGCAUCCACCGAGAGUGACAAGCCCACAACUGGCCGAGUCUAUGAGAGUGACUCCUCUAAUCAUUGCAUGCUUUCCCCUUCCUCUAGUGGUCACUUGGCUGAUUCAGAUACAUUGUCUUCUGUAGAGGAGAAUGAGCCCUCUCAAGCAGAAACAACAGUAGAAGGAGAUACUUCAGGAGUGCCUGGUGCCACAGUUGGGCGCAAGUCCAGGAGGUCCCGUUCUGAAAGUGAAACUUCUACUAUGGCUGCCAAGAAAAACCGGCAAUCCAGUGAUAAGCAGAAUGGCCGAGUCACCAAGGUUAAAGGUCAUCGGAGCCAAAAGCACAAGGAAAGGAUCAGACUACUGAGGCAGAAAAGGGAGGCUGCUGCAAGAAAGAAGUACAACUUGCUGCAGGACAGUAGUACCAGUGAUAGUGACCUCACUUGUGACUCAAGCACGAGCUCAUCAGAUGAUGAUGAAGAGGUUUCAGGGAGCAGCAAGACAAUCACUGCAGAGAUACCAGAUGGACCUCCAGUUGUAGCUCAUUAUGAUAUGUCUGACACCAGCUCUGACCCAGAAGUGGUAAAUGUGGACAAUUUAUUGGCGGCUGCAGUAGUUCAAGAGCACAGUAAUUCAGUAGGCGGCCAGAACACAGGAGCUACCUGGAGGACCAGCGGGCUUCUAGAGGCAGGUCAUUUGGAUCCAGGAUUCCUAGCAGGUGACAAAACAUCUGUUGGCAAUGCACCACUUAACGAAGAGAUUCACAUUGCCUCUUCAGACAGUGAAGUGGAGAUUGUGGGUGUUCAGGAGCAUGCAAGGUGUGUUCACCCCCGAGGAGGUGUGAUACAGAGUGUUUCUUCCUGGAAGCAUGGCUCUGGCACGCAGUAUGUGGGCUCCCGGCAAACACAGUCAUGGACUGCUGUGACUCCCCAGCAGACGUGGGCUUCUCCAGCAGAGGUUGUCGACCUGACCUUGGAUGAGGAUAGCAGACGUAAAUACCUACUGUAAUGCAAUGUCCCUGUUCUCCGCACUGCUCCCUCCACCUCCUCCUCCUUGUGACAUGGGAGUUCAUCGUCAUAGCUGCAGCUUCAGAAGCUGUUUGUGGCAUUUGUGGAAUUGAAAUUCAUGAUAACCUCCCCCCUCUUUUUAUUAAAAUAAUUCACUUAGGAAAAUAACUUAUCACAGAGAAAAUAAUUUUUUCUUUUCUUCCAUAAGAAUAUGAGAAUGGCGGAUUUUAUUAGACAGCUUCAUUUUGCUUGGUGACUUACCUUAAAAGUCACCCUCCAUUUAGAAUAAUAUUUUACUUACUAGUCAAAAUGGAUUUCAGGUUUUGAAUCUUAUAUUUAUUUUUCUGUAUAAUGAAAUUAAUAAUUAAUAUCUAGAUGUGACCACCCUCUGUCUGCCUCACUGUCACUCCUACUCUAGGGCAUUUGCGCUCACAUCAGUCAGGUCCUCCUCGUUGGCACCUGGUAGGGCAUGUGCAUUUAGAAAACCCUUCCUUUACAGUGGAAGACAGAAGUAUUAUAAAAUAUAUUUUUUCUUUAGUAUAUGUCUUCUGCCUUCUUUCCUGACAUAGCUCCUUGUCAGUUUGCCAUGACACAAAUAUUUGAAAUGCCCCCUCCCUUUAUUUCCAGAUACUAUUAAGGGGACUCAGUUGGUCUCCUGUUGCAAUAAUUGUUAAUUCUUUGAGAGUUUCUAGAUAUCUGAAGAGUGCAUUGAGAGAUCAGUGGGAAAUCUCUCUCUCAGCUUUUCCCCCUGGUUUAUUCAACUAGGAAGGCAAACAUGGAAACUUGUUACUUGAGUAGGAAGAAUUUAAGAGGCUGUGUGGCAUCUAAGUCUGUAGGCACUUGCAAAUCUGAGAGGAAAGUGCCUUCUCUUGCAGCUGGUUGCCCCAGAGGGUGUGUGACAACUGUGUAACUGGACCUCAUGCUGUGUUUGGGUAGUUUUCUUUGCCUUCUAAAAUAUAUACACCAGAGAAAUGAAAACAUACCGUAAGAAGUCAGAUGCAAAGCACAUUGAUAGUACUUUAAGUCUUACAGUGUCUAAAAGGAUUAGUAAAGGGUAAUAGAAACUUCAGGGAAUUUAGGAAAUGCCAGCAGAGGAAUUUUGUGGCAUUAGUUACUACCUUUUUUCCUGUACUGUUGUAGUUACUAGUGAAGUACUUUAAAAAGCAAUACCUAGAAUAAGAACACCAUGUAUUGUGCACAGGGGAGUGAAGUAGUACUGGCUCAGAAGACUUCCCGUUUGUUUUGGUGGGUUUUGAUUCUGUUUGCAUUGUUACAUGCGGUGUUGCUAUGUCCUUUUGCCUCCCUCCUAUGCCUUGCUGGUUCUUCCUGAUUGUAGGAAGAGACCUGCCAUUUUCAUUCAGUUAACACACAACUGACUAAAGACCUACCUAUACUGCAUAGAGCACUGUGCAGGGUGGAUGCUGUGGAGGCCUGAGGGGAAUGAGACACAGCCUGCAUGCUCAUGCAUGAGUCUGCCUGGCAUUUUCUUUUUUCUUACGUAAAGACAAGUUUAUUCUUUUAGUCCCCUUCUUGUUACUUCAGGUCUUCUGUAGAUUCCUUCAGUAGGUAUGUAUUUGAGCACGUGUCCUUUGAUCUUUUCUGGUGGUAUUCAUUUGAUCUGCCCUCUGCUCACCAACUUCUCAUUUUUUUCCCCUUUCAGUCUACUACUAAUUAGGCUUUAAAAAUCAUGAAUCUCCAGUGUCAGUACAUCAUUUAUCGCUCUCACCUGGCCACAAUCCUAGACAGAAACCAAAGACCCAGAGGCCAGAGCGAAACAGAACUUUGAAAAUUCACUGCUGGUGUAUCUUUGGACCUUCACAUCUUGCUUUAGGAUUAAUUUAUUGAGUUUUACUGUUACACAUUUUUUUUUUACUUGAAUUAAAAUACUCAACAAAGGAGAAACAUAAUUUCUGGUCUUUGCUUUCCAGAAAAUCAUUGAUAAGAGAAUAUAGUGGAGUGUAUGACUUGAAGUUUUCAUAGCUUAUAUCUCCCCCAGUAUCAGGGCACAGCCCCAUUUUAAAGAAUGUUUUCGCAUUACUUAUUUUCUUGUUAAUAAUGUUUUGUUCAAGUCUAUACAGUAGGUGAUUUCCCCUGACAUUUUCUUUAGUCCCUGUUAGCCAUCCCCUAACUCUGGGUGCACUGUGGAUUGGGGACAGAAGGGAGUUGUAACUAAGCUCUUUUCUGGCUUUUUGCCUUUGUCUUAGGUUGUACAAACAGAUCCUUACUCCUGAUGCAGGUCCCUGACUACUUGACUUGGUGCAUCAGAACAGAGAUGUAGGCAUUAAUAUGCAAGGAGUGAAGGGAUGCUUGAGGCUGUCGGCUCUCUAAAAAGUAUGGACUCUCCCGUCCGAUAACUAAUUAAGAGGGCAUCCAAACUCCUGUUAGUGCACAUCCAGGAGAGUGGGAAUGUGCUUUCUGGCAAGGUGUUAAUCAAAUUUUGUGACAUAUAACUCUCAGAACAUUUGAAAUUUUCUUAAAGAGUAUUGUUUUCUAAUUAAAGUUUUACAUUUGGUAGCAUAAGUAGUUCUUUAUGCUUUGCCAAGAUAUUGUUUGAGGGAUACAGUGGGAUCAUAGACUGGUUUAUGACACAAAUGUGGUUAAUUUCCUUCCCCUCCAAUUUGAAAAUCAGAGGAGCAGAAACCUGGCUGUUCACAGCUCUGUAUGGCAACUACUGCUCUUUUGUAGCUGGCUGUUCUUGUAGAUCAGUGGUUCUCAACCUGUGGGUCAUGACCCCUUUAUGGAUUGAACGACCCCUUCACAGGGGUCUCCUAAGAUCAUCUGUAUAUCAGAUACUUACAUUACAAUUCACAGCAAAAUUAGAGCUGUGAAGUAGCAAUGAAAAGAAUUUUAUGGUUGGGGUCACCACACCAUGAGGAACUGUAUUAAAGGGUUGUAGCGUUAGGACGGUUGAGAACCACUGUUGUAGACUAGCUGGGUGAUGUCAGUGUGAGAGAGCAGCCAUCACAUGUGUUUGUCGCACAGUUCUGAGCAUGAGCUGCCCAGGUUGCUAGUUAGUCAUUGUUCAUCUACUGUUAACACAUUAACACCGUGAGGGACUGAAGACAAAUGCAUUGCCUGCUUUUUUGUACUGUGUCACAAGGCUUGCAAAAGCCUAGGGCGCAGUUUUGUCUUAGGUUUGACUUUCUUUUCCUUUUUAUUUUUUUAAUAAAGGCAAAGAGCUGAGCCCCAUUCCUGCUCUCCCGUAUGUGCGAUGUGACUUCCGUGUGUAUAUAAAAACUGUUGCACCUAACCAAACUUCCUCGGAUUGUGCACUGUUGGUUUAAAAUAAUCACGUAGUUUAGUCCAAUGCUGUUGUGUUUUUUUUUCUUUUUAUUUAAAACACUACUUAUUCUCUAACAAAUUUCAAAGGGUAGUGAUCUUAAAAAAAUCACUGGAAACUAGGAAAUGUUUUUGUUGUUGCUUUGUUCUUUAAAGAGUGCAGAGGUCAUUGAAUCUUUUGCUCUUCUUACCUUGAACAUGAAUUGUCAGCCAUUGUAUGGCUAGGAACCAGUGCACUUGGCGUUAACAGAUCUGCUGUUGCUGGGGACUGAGCGUGGACUUGAUGCAGUGACGACAAAUCAUUGCGUAGAAGUAAUGUUUUCCAAAUGUGCAACUCAAGUUUGUAAAAUGAAAUUUGGUUCUUUACAUCAUUAUUUAGUUUGUGUUUCCAUUUAGUAUUUAAUGGUCUUUGGAGAAAAAAAAUAAACAGAGUGUUAUAUAUAUAUUUUUUGGUGCAAGAUGAGAUUUUGUUUUUUGAAAUAAGUCUGUAGCAUAAAGGUUAAACUAUUUUAAGACAAAAUAAAAAUAGAGUGUAUUUAAACAAUGA